AUGCAUUAUCACCACAAGAAUCAAGAAGGUCAGGAUAUCUCCACAGAUGAUAAGCGUACCAUCUAUUCAUACGAUUACUAUUAUGAAAAACUUCAUUUCUGUAAGCCAGAACACGUUGAAAAAGCAGGUGUCUCCAUUGGAUCCGUUCUCUUCGGUGAUAGGCUGUAUAACUCUCCUUUCCAAUUGAACAUGUUAAAAAACAAGACGUGUGAAAGAUUAUGUAAUUCCACAAUCAUCGGUAGGGACGCCAAGUUCAUUAAUAAGUUGAUUAAAAAUGGAUACUAUCAGAAUUGGUUGAUCGAUGGAUUACCCGCUGCUAGAGAAGUCUAUGAUACGAGAACUAAAUCGAAUUUUUAUGGGAAUGGGUUUGAAUUGGGUCUUGUAGAGAUUAGACAAACUACCGGGGAGAAACUUUUGCCAAAUUCAGCAGAUACGUUUCGAGAUUUACAUAAGAGAGAUGCUAAGAAUAUUGUUCAAAAUUUAAUGCAAGAUAUUGAAGUGCCUUACUUCGUUAAUCAUUUCGAUAUUAGAAUUGAAUAUCAUGAUCGCGGGAAUGAUAAUUAUAGAGUUGUUGGUGUGACUGUGAAUCCUGUUUCAAUUGAUCGUUCCCCUGAUGGUGGCUGUAAACCCACGGGGAAGGCUUUGUCUUUGAGUGAAUCGGAAGUGAAUUAUAUUCAUUUCACUUAUUCAGUCGAGUUUAUACCUUCAGAAACCGCAUGGGUUACUAGAUGGGAUAAAUAUUUACAUGUGUAUGAUCCAACAAUCCAAUGGGUUUCUAUCGUGAACUUUUCCAUCGUCGUCAUAAUAUUGUCAUGUGCUGUAGCACGUUCCCUCUUACAAGCAUUAAAGAGCGAUUUCUCUCGUUAUGGUGAGUUGAAUUUAGAUGAAACUAUAAAGGAAGAUGCUAGUUGGAAAUUGGGCCAUGGUGACGUCUUCAGAGCUCCAGAUCAUCCCAUGUUAUUGUCCAUUUUGGUUGGAUCAGGUGUACAACUGUUCUUAAUGAUCAUUUGUACCAUAUUCUUACCUGCCGUUGGAUUGAUUACACCUGGUUCUAGAGGUACACUACCAACAGUCAUGUUCUUAUUAUACCUUGGCUUCAGCUUCAUUAGCUCGUUCGUCUCGAUGGGCGUUUAUAAAUUCUUCAAUGGUCAAAAAUGGCAUAUAAAUUGCAUCUUGACCCCUUUUUUAGUUCCAGGUUUGUUACUACUUGUUAUAAUAGGAUUGAACAUAUUUCUCAUCUUUGUUCAUUCAUCUGGUGUUAUCCCACUAGCCACAUUCACAUCUUUAAUAUUAUUAUGGUUCUUCAUCGGUGUCCCACUUUCCAUUACAGGCUCAUUGAUGGCUCGUAAGACUUGUCAUUGGGAUAUACAUCCAACUAAGACAAAUACAGUAUCCAAAGUGAUCCCACCGCAAAAAUGGUAUUUACAGACAAUUCCUGCAUCAUUAAUUGGAGGUCUGUUUUCAUUCGGUUCAUUAUCUGUAGAAUUAUACUUCGUCUACACAAGUUUAUGGUUCAACAAGAUAUUCUACAUGUAUGGGUUCCUAUUUGGCUCUGCUAUCUUAUUCACAUUAACAGUAUCAUUAGUGACAGUCCUAUUCACAUAUUAUUCAUUAUCUGCUGAGAAUUGGCAAUGGCAAUGGAGAAGUUUCCUCAUUGCAGGGUUAGGCUGUUCAUUUUAUGUCUUCCUUCAUUCUCUUCUAUUUACUGAAGUUAAAUUAGGUGGAUUCACUAAUGCUCUUUUGUAUAUGGGGUACUCUUUUGUGAUAACAAGUUUGGCAUUCGUCGUUACUGGUGCCUUAGGGUUCUUGAGUAGUAUGCUUUUCGUUAGAACUAUCUAUUCCGCAGUAAAAGUGGAUUAA